AUGGACUCCGACUCAGACUCGAGCAGCCGCAUCCUCGUCGUCCAUUCCUCUCUCGACCAGGCAAGACAUGUCGUGCAGCGUAUCAGAGCCCUCGCAGAUGAUACCUCGGACCUGCCAGCUGUAGACUCCAAUCCGAAUGGCGCACACCCCCUCAUCCCAUGGACGAUCUCCAACAAAUACUACACCGCAGACGUCCAUUUCAAGCUCGUCAGCUACGCCGCCCUAGCCCCAGAUGCUCCGCAGAAUAUUCCUGCCGUCAUCUACGUUUGGGAGCGCGGAACCCCAUACUCGGAACAGGUCCUCUUCCUCUCCAACCUCCUCUCCCAACACGACCCCGAAGUCUCCCUCGCCAUAGGCCUCGGUCCCAAACCCUCACAUCCCUCCGAUCCCGAGCACGGUCCCGACUCCUUCCUCGCCGAACACGGCUUCGAAUACAUCGACGGCGAUCGCACAGAGGACUCCCCACACACCCAACACCAACCACCCUCCUCUAUCUCAGAUGUCCAUGACCUAGAUGCAGACGCGGACACGGACGGCGGCGUCCAAGGUCUCCCUCGCGUCCUGGAUGCACUCAGCACGAUCAUGUGGCCCUCUAUGACGCGUAACGAUGGUCGUGCCGCGAAACGAAAGAGUCAGAUGCCGAUGUUGUUUGACGUGUUACCUUCGGAGGAGGAAGGUCUCGCUUCGCUCAUGUCGGCUGAGAUCCUUGGUCGUGGAGGAGAGGGGUUGGAGGGGUUACCGACGCGGGAUAUGCGGAUGAAGAAGGAGAUGGCGGAGCUUGAGAGGUGGCUAAUCGAUAAUGAAGAUCUUCAUGAACGAGAAGAAGAGCAGGAGACGGAGGAGUCCGAAGGUGGAGAGGUCAGGCCCGACGCGAGAUUCAGCCUCAAAUUCGAAGACGACGAGGACGUCGACCCAUGGACGCGUACAGACCUUCUCGGAAGAGGAAGUGGUAAGGGUACUGGCGGCGGUGGAACGACUCCCUCAACUGAAGUUCCUCCGACACGUUCAACACCCGCCGUCGACGGCUUCGAAGACGAUUUCACCACCUUCGUCUCUGCGCCUUCACCAUCUGAACCCCAACCCCAAACCCAUCUUCAACUCCAACCCCAUCUACACACCUCAGAAGGAACACACCUUCAAAUCCCGACUCCUACGGGGACGUCCUUCCGGUCUACCUCCCAAGGCUCAAGUUCCUUCUCCGAUUUCGGAACGGACGACGAUUUCCUCGGACAUGGACAUGGGCACGAGCACGGCUAUCAAGCUCUUUCCGACGACCACGAACAUGAUCACGACCCCGAGCAAGAACCCCACAAUCGAUCCUCGUCCUUAGUAUCCGACUUCGACCCCACCUCCGACAUGCACGGCGAUACCUCCGCCUUCAACCCCUGGACCACAGACACAUUCAGCGCCGAACCCUCCUCAUCCACCUUCCCUCCCUCCUCCUCCUCCACCUUCCCUCCCACAUCAUCUUCGUCGUCGUCCAAAACCCCCCGCGCUCCCGAUUUCGGAAUAGGUACAAGCCUCGAUCUCGCAGAUAUUUUGAGCACGUUACAGAGUGUCAGGGAGGGUGUGGCGGGGAUGGGCGAUGAAGAUGCGAGGAGGGCGAUUGGGGCGAGAGUGGCGAGUGAGUUCGUUAUUGGGAGGAUGGGGAUGGGUGGGGAUGAGGGAGAGGGUGAGGGAGGGGAUGAAGGGGAUGAGGGUGGGGCUGGGGUUGUAGAUACUCAGGACAGGGAUGCGGGAGAGAAGGAGAAGGAGAAGGUACAAGGUUAAAGAAAGAAGAAAAGAAAGCUCAGUGAUUUGAGUAGUGUAUAUUAUUGGAUUUGUUUGCAUUGGGAUUACAUUGGUUUGCUCAAUGGUUGGUCGGUUGGUCUACUUGUUUCGCGCGGACCACCCGAGGAAUGGUGAACAUCCAAAAUAUUGCGCAUGGUGCGAAUCGAACUCGCGACCCCUACCAUCACACUUUUCCAGGAUACUGGAUAGAACAAAUGACACGAGUCUCUGUGGCACAGGC